AUGGGGAAGGACUACUACAGAAUCCUGGGGGUGCCCAGAGAGGCCACAGAGGCGGACCUCAAGAAGGCAUACAGGAAGUUGGCCAUGAAGUGGCACCCAGACAAGCACGCGGACCCUGAAGCCAAAAAGAAGGCUGAAGCUCAAUUCAAAGACAUUGCGGAAGCCUACGAUAUAUACGACAAAUUCGGAGAAGAGGGCCUUAAGGGGGGAGCCGGGGCCCCCAGCGGUGGCCCCGGCGGUGCAAAUGUCUUCUACAGGGAAGUGGACCCCAGCGAGAUAUUUUCGCGCUUCUUUGGGACGGACAGGAUGAGUGGAGACGCAGACGACCCCUUCUCACAUCCCAUCUUUGGUAUGGCCGGCGCGGGGGGUCCCUUUGGCAUGCGGUUCAGCACUUCUGGAGGCAGACGGUGCGGUAGCAUGCAGGGAAUGAGCAGCAGCAGCAAACCCCGAGCUUACGAGAGGGACUUGGUCUGCACCUUGGAGGAGCUGUACACCGGAACCACAAAGAAGAUGAAGAUUGGCAGAACGCGCUUCCAUAACGGCCGUCCGGUUAAGGAAGACAACGUUGUAACUGUCGACGUCAAGGCGGGGUGGAAGGAGGGCACCAAGAUCACUUUCAGCGGCGAAGGAGGCCAAGAAACCCCGAACGGGCCCCCGGGGGACCUUAUAUUCGUUGUGAAGUGCAAGCCGCACUCGCGUUUCACGCGGGACGGGAGCCACUUGAUUUACAAAGUGCCAGUGCCGCUGUUGAAGGCCCUUGUCGGCUUCACAGUGCCGGUCACCACCCUCGACAACAGAACGCUCCACGUCAAGAUUGACCAAGUCGUCAACCCCAAGUACAGGAAGGUUGUCCCCGGAGAAGGCAUGCCGAUUAGCAAGAAGCCAGGAGAGAAGGGAGACUUGAUCAUAGAGUUCGACAUAAUCUUCCCACGGACUCUGUCGGACGACCAGAAGACAAAGCUGAAGGAAAUAUUGGCGAACUCGUAG